AUGCACCACCAAACACGUGUGUCGUUGUGCUUCCGGAUCUUCUACAUUAGCAACCAUAGCAACACACCGUGGGAGCAGCAAUUCAUAACUAUUGCUCAGCACUGGACCCGUGUGUUGUUAAGGUCAUGGAAACGUAAGCAGCUAUUAGUGCUCGUCACUACUGCCCCAGCUCAGGCCGGGAGAUUAAGGAUGGAUCUGGGAAAGGUAAAGCUCCUUAGGACCGGCAUCAACACACUACAUCAAGCUAUUCAUCCCGUGCAUGGGAUAGCCUGGACAGAUGGCAAACAGGGCUGCGUGUGGCAUCCUAAACUGGAUGUGUUAGCUGUACUGACCAAGAAAGACACUUCAGUCCUGUUUUCGGUUCGGGUGGACAACCGGAGAAUCAAAGCAGACAUCAAAGGCAGCGGUCUUAUACAUUGUGCUUGCUGGACUAAAGAUGGGACUCGUCUUGUCGUGGCUAUAGGCAGCGCUCUGCAUUCGUACAUUUGGAAUGAUGUUCAGAAAAGCAUUGUUGCGUGCUCCUUUUGCCCUAUAUUUGAUGUUGGUGGUUAUGUCUGCGCCAUUGAAUCCACGGGAGAAGCGCAAGUUACUGUCGCCACAGAGCUCCCUCUGGAUAAAAUUUGCGGCCUAAACGCUGGGAUGUCAUUUGAUUUGCCAAACGAAGGAGAGUCUAUUCAGAGCCAGGAGAUCUCUGAGGAGGACAGCGUGUUAGACAGGAGGAGAUCCUUCUCUGAGCGCUCGUACCUCCCCACUGCCGGACCUCUGGAUCUCACUCAUCUUUUGGCCCGGCAUAGGCGCUCCGAACCCAGUAUACUCCUUCACCUCCGUCGUAGAGAUACUCUCACAGGCUCAGGCCAGGACUCCUCCCAUCUUAUUCUCGUAACGUACGAGCGUAAGGUCACCACAACACGAAAAGUUAGUAUCCCUGGAAUUUUAGUCCCUGAUAUUAUAGCGUUUGACCCCCGCUGCUCGACGGUAGCUGUGGCUUCCAACACCUCUAACAUGGUUCUUGUGUAUUGCAUCACACCUUCUGCUAUGCCCAACAUACAGCAGAUCUCGCUACAGGCAAACGACAGGCCAAAAGGCGUUUGCUUUCUUAGUGACAAAAUGCUUCUUCUCAUGAUUGGUAGGCAGAAGUCCAACGACCCGGCCUUCCUGCCUGCUUCAAACACAGACAAAUACAUGUUGCGUCUUUUAGCUAAGGAGCUGUUAAACGAAGGGGAAAUUCCUACUAACCCCCCACCCAUGGGCAAUCCUAGUCCAAGUAUGGGACCAGGGAUUAGGAGACACUCAGAACACAUCUCUAAAGAGGACAGGGAGCGACCGGUGGGGAUUAAGGACUUGGUGUUACCAGGAGGCGGGGUGGUCCGCUCACCUGCCAACAGAAGACGGCUCAUCGAAGAAGUGCGAAGUCGCGAGGCGAGCCCCAUCACCAGCUCCGUGGAUUUCUCCGACCGCGUGUCCGACAAAACGCAGUCCAGUUCUUCGUCCAUCACGUUGGAAAAUUACGACAUGGAGCAAGUGAGCCGACUAAACAGCCUGGCCGUAGCUGGCCAGGCGAGCAGGGACUCGAGCCGGGCCAGUUCGCCGCGACUAGAGCCAUCGGAUAAACUCCACGCCGAUCCAGGUCUGCCUCUGGGGGACAGGAAGGCCAUCCAAAGAGAGCGCGCCCUGGAGCAGCUGGUGCACAACAUGGAGAGGCUUUUCUCGCGCUUCUCAGAUGUGCAGCAGUGUAUGGCGGAUAUGAGGGACUUCACGCAAAACGGGAAGAAAGCUCAAAGUGUCUAUCCACACUAUACAGAGCCUUCCUAUGUCAACGUGACGUGCCAGAAGCAGCUGUCUGAAAACGUGUUCAUUGAUGAGCGGAGGCCGGUGCUGCUGUGUGAUGGAAAGCUCUGUCUGCGCGCGCUGCAGGAGCUGUUCAGCCUGAGCGCUGUGGAGAUGAUGUAUGGGCCUUUGUGGAUCGUGCUGGUGGCAGAUCACGACGGCUUCGUUCCGUUGACGUUCAAGUCCAAGGAUGAACUCACGGUGAGGAACGGGAAACGAAAAUCUACCAUGCGGACACCAGAGACCUCCUGUCCCCCCAGUCCCGCUCCCAGUCCCAGUACUACGGAGACCUGCACUUAG